AUGAGCUCCAAGGAGAAACCCACUCUCGGUGGCACGCGGAUUAAGACCCGCAAACGGAACAUUGCGGCGCCUCUGGACCCUGCAGCAUUUGCAGAUGCAGUGGUCCAGAUUUACUUGGAUAAUGCUGGUGAUCUGGAACUUAUUGCAAAAAGCCUUGAAUCUUCUGACCUCAACUUCUCAAGAUACGGCGACACCUUUUUUGAGGUUAUUUUCACUGGGGGUCGCACACAACCUGGAACUACCAAGCCCGAUGAGGGGGAACGCCAUCCUUACUCCAUAAUAGAGUAUGAGGCAAAACGUGAAGUCAUUUUACGAUCUGUGAUCUACAUACAAAAGGUUUUGCGGAGAAGGCCAUUCCUCAUCAAGAACCUUGAAAAUGUCAUGCGUAGAUUCCUCCAGUCCUUGGAGCUUUUUGAGGAAAAUGAGAGAAAGAAGUUGGCAAUCUUCACAGCACUUGCCUUUUCCCAGAAGCUUUCUGGUCUCCCACCAGAGACUGUGUUCCAACCACUUCUUAAAGAUAAUCUUGUGGCCAAAGGGCUAGUUCUGACAUUUAUAACUGACUUCUUUAAGGAGUAUUUGAUUGACAACAGCCUUGAUGAUCUGAUUGCAAUUCUGAAACGUGGAAAAAUAGAGGAUAAUCUUUUGGUCUUUUUCCCCCCUGCAAAAAGAACCAACGAGUCUUUCUCUGAGCAUUUCAGCAAGGAAGGACUAACUGCCCUGGUGGAGUAUAAUGAAAAGAAAAUAUUUGAGGUGACACUGAAGGAAAUGAAGUCUGUUUUAACAACUCAGAUAACUGAGGAGGCUGAUAUAUCUGAAGUUAUUGAGACUGUGAAGCUUCGUGUUAGAGAUGCUAAGUUGCCAGACACUGAGAUUGUACGUAUCUUAUGGGAUGUUUUAAUGGAUGCUGUUCAGUGGUCAGGGAAAAAUCAGCAACAGAAUGCAAAUGCAGCCCUGCGCAAGGUAAAAACAUGGGCGGAACUGUUGAAUACUUUCUGCACCAGUGGAAAACUUGAGCUGGAACUGAUGUACAAAGUACAGAUGCAAUGCUAUGAGGAUGCUAAACUGAUGAAACUAUUCCCUGAGAUUAUUAGAUCUCUUUAUGAUCAGGAUGUGCUGGCUGAAGAUACCAUUCUUCACUGGUUCCGUAAAGGAACAAACCCCAAAGGAAGGCAAACCUUUGUGAAGGCACUCGAACCUUUUGUUAAUUGGCUGGAAGAGGCUGAAGAGGAGGAAUGA